UGCAACUCCUAGGUUAGUGAUAAUAAUGUUGCGCUUCGGACAAGUUCUUCGAUCGGGUGCUCUGAGCCAAUUCCGUUGCCUGAGUAGUGCCAAGUCCCACGGGGACGUUCUGCCUCGGAGCUGCGAUGUCCUGAUCAUAGGUGGUGGCGGCAUGGGCGCCUCAUCCGCUUUCUGGCUCAAGUCCCGGUCGCAGCAGUUGGGAAAGAAGCUCAAUGUGUUGGUGGUGGAGCGGGAUGCCUGUUACACUAAUGCUUCCACGGUACUCUCGGUGGGUGGAGUUCGACAGCAGUUUUCACUAGCUGAGAACAUCGAGAUGUCGCUUUAUGGCUACAACUUUAUUGUGAAUGGACAAAAGCACCUGGGAGAUGUUGAUCUCUGCUACCAACCGAACGGCUAUCUGAUCCUGGCUUCUGCAAAGGGAGCACAUAUACUGGCCCAGAACUCCAAGCUGCAAAACGAGUUGGGGGCUCGCAACGAACUGCUCGGUCCCGAAGCGUUGCGUAGCCGGUUCCCGUGGUUGUCCACGGAGGACGUUGAGCUAGGAUGCCACGGAAUCGAUAAGGAGGGAUGGUUCGAUCCGUGGGCAUUACUGAUGGGAUACAAGAAAAAGGCCCGCGCCCUGGGCGCACAUUUCUCCAGCGGCGAGGUGGUGGGCUUUGAGUGGAAUUCCUCCGGAGCUUUGUCCGCAGCCGUGGUUGAUGUUGGUGACGGAGUGCAGCGCCCUGUGAAUUUUGACACCUGUGUCCUGGCAGCCGGAGCACAUUCGGGCCAGGUGGCUCGACUGGCGAACAUUGGCGAUCCGGAGGCGAAGACGAGUUCCUUGAGAGUGGCCCUGCCCGUGGAGCCCCGCAAGCGGUAUGUGUACGUGUUUAGUACUCAGGGUCGGAAUUGUCCGGGCUUGGCCACACCCUUGACAGUUGACCCGGAUGGUACAUAUUUCCGACGCGACGGUCUGUGUGGAAACUUCCUCUGUGGUCGCAGUCCCAGCGAUGAAGAGGAGCCGGAAUGCGAUACCCUGGACGUUGAUCAUGGCUACUUUGAAACGGAUGUCUGGCCCACACUAGCGAGCCGUGUGCCGGCCUUUGAGUCCGUGAAAAUCCAGAGCAGUUGGGCGGGCUAUUACGAUCAUAAUGCAUUCGACGCGAACGGAGUAAUCGGACGACAUCCUCACUAUUCCAAUCUCUUCAUAGCGGCCGGCUUCAGCGGCCAUGGAAUUCAGCAGACUCCGGCCGUGGGCAGGGCUAUUUCCGAAUUGAUCCUCGACGGAAAGUUCAGCACAAUUGAUUUGUCCCGACUCGGUUUCGAUCGCCUCGUUAACAAGCAGCCUAUGUUCGAGGUAAAUAUCGUUUAAGGAACACUUUCUGUUCGUGCAACCGAAAUACAUUUAAUUUUAUAAAGCACUAAGUAGUCCCGGUUAUUGUGUGUAUGUACUUGUUUUAUUGCAAUUUUCAUUUGUAUAUAUGUAUAGUACUUUUUGUAUAGUAAAGUUAACGUUUUAGUCACGUA